CAGAAAUAUAUUGUGAAUGACAAAUCAUUGGCAUGUAACACACAACUUGUAGAAUUUUUUUUUUUUAAAUGUUUACCAGCCUUUUCCAUGAAUAAACAAUGUCGAUGACAGGCCGUAGAGCUUUUGCCAGUAAAAUAAUCAAAGAUAGCAAUGUCGAUAUUCGUCAUAGGUUGGCCAAGAUUUUAGCUGCCGCAUCAACUACAGCAUCAGUUAUCACGAAUAAUAAUAACAACAACAAUAGCAACGGUGAUGAGGAUUGUUUUGAUGAAAAAGCCAUGAUGACAAUCCUGUGUCAUCAGAAUGCCAUCAGCGAAGAAAAUUCGACAAUCAAUUCAAUAAACAACAGUUUAUAUGGUGACACUUGGAUCAAUGAUCUGGUCGAUCCUAUUGAUGAUUAUGAAGAUUUUGUCGCAAAACAUUCGGCUCGUAUUGCCGAACAGCUACGUUCAGUAUUACUAUUUCCAUUUGAUGAUGUUAUGGUUGAAAAAUAUCAACCACCAAUACGAACAUUAGAACCAGAAUCUUUGCCCGAAUUCCAUAAUCUUAAAAUAUCCGAAGAUCCCUACAUCCAAUGUAUUGGUGCAUGUAAUCUGAAAUCAUUGAUUGUCAUUAAACGAUAUGAAAAGAAUGUCGCCACAUUGGAUCUGAAAUUGGAACGAAAAGAACGUUUCAAACAGCUGAAACGUCAACACUAUGAAGUGGAUUCGAAAUGUUCAUCGCGAACAAAUAAUGAAUCAUUAUCGGUGAUUGAAUCACAAACACCAAACACAAUAUAUUCGUGUUCAACAUUGUCGACAAGGAAUACACCUCGUCCUCAAUCACUGAUUUCAUCAUCAUCCACCAUACGACCACCAUUAGCAUCGGAUGAAGAGGAUUUUAUCGCCGAUGAUGAUAAUGAUGAUGGUGGUGGUGUUGUUGGUGAUGGUGAUGGUGAUGGUGAUGAUGAACGAGGCUCUCGUACACCAUUAGCCAUAGAGUAUUCAAGUGAACAAAACGAACCAAAUAUUUGUGAUAACAUUACCCUUCACCAGAAUCGUAAUAGCUGGACAUUUAUCGAUGCCGAACAACUUAAUGAUGAUGAUGAUGAUGAUAAAUCAAUUUUGAAUAGAAAACAAUUGUUUUUCAUCAAAAAUGCUCAAAACACCGAUGCUCAUAUACAGAAUAUUUUGGAAAAAAAUUAUGAUCAAUAUUUCACUCAAGUUCACGUGAAGAAUUGUGACCUAACCGCCGAACAACAGGACAACGAUGCACUUGCUCUAUUUUGUCUUUAUCGAUUGCAACAGUCAGAUGAUGUCAUUGAACACAGGCCAUUGAUAUCACCGCCAUCCGAUGUUCCUCGUUAUCGCUUUCGACUGAAAUGCCUUUCACUCGAAAUGGAUGUUCCUAUUGAGCCGUUGUUUGCUUCGAUAGCAAUCUAUGAUUCGAAAGCAAAGAGAAAAAUAACGGAAAAUUUCCAUUUCGAUCUCAAUUCAGAAUCAAUGAAACAUUUACUACAAUCGCAUGUAUCGUAUCAAGAUUUGUCGACAUUAUCGAAAUCGGCCAUUUUUAGCCUAAGUCAUCUUAGUCCUGACAUGUAUUUUGUGAUUAAAUUGGAGAAAAUAUUUCAGAGCGAUAUAAAUGAUCUGAUUGAAACAUACCAACGACCACCGGAUGAUUCGAACAAAAUGGAAAAAUUGAAAAUGGCCAUCAAAAACAAUUGUGAACGUUUAGGCCGUUAUCGAAUGUUUUUCGCCUGGGCAGUGUUUCCAUUGGUCGAUGUAUUGGGCAAUUGUUUUGGAACUACAGCAACAACGCCUGCCGAUAAAGAAGGUGGUGAAUCAAUGUUGAAUGGUAACCGUAACAGUUCGAAUAGUUUGGAUAGUCUUAAAAGGAUCGCCAAUGAAUGUACAUCCAGCUUUGUGCGAAAAGGUUCGCUCGAAAGGCAUUUGACAAUGACGUCAAAUAUUUCCAAUUAUUCAUCAAAUUCGGCCAUUUCAACCACAUCGAAUUAUUCUACGAUGGAUAAACGAUCCACUUCGAUGACAUCGGAAGAUUUGUGUCAAGCAUAUAGUCAAUUCAAACCGGUGACAAUAACAAGCAGAAUUUUCUAUCGUCAUGAGGCUGAAAAAUUCAGCGAUGAAGAUCUCUAUAAAUUCCUGGUCGAAUUCGGACGUUCAUCACUCAACUCUAAACGUGUUCGCCACAUACCCAGUACAUUCAAACUGGACAUUAGUCCGAUUCGUGAUGAGAAUUCAAUCAAAUGUCGCGUCAAUCCUGAAUUGGUUCGUCUCCAUCCGUACACCGAUGAUCGUGCCAGUCCGAUCAAAGAGAUUCUUGAAUUUCGAGACCUAUUGAUACCGCACCAGGAACAUCGUAAUCUUCUUUAUGUGUAUCCAAGAAGUGUCAAUUUCACAUCCAGACAAAAUUCAGCACGAAAUGUAACGGUCAAAGUACAGAUACUGUCAUCGGAGGAGAAAUUCAGUGCCAUGUGUGUGAUUUUCGGUAAAUCAAGUUGUCCAGAGUACUUGUCCGAAGCAUACACAUCAAUCAAUUAUCACAAUCGUAAUCCGAAUUUUUCCGAAGAAUUCAAAAUACGUUUGCCAUCACAGCUGAAUAAACAGACACAUUUAUUGUUCACGUUCAUUCAUGUGCAUACAAAACCUAAAAACGACGUACCAAUCGAUGAAAUUGUGGGCUAUUCAUGGCUACCAUUACUACGUGAUGAUUGUCUUCAAACCGGAACGUUUUCAUUGCCCAUCGUUUCGGAAAUGCCUACAGCCGGUUAUUCGUUUCUCAACCCGAAUGACAUGGAAGCAAUGGCCAAUCUCAAAUGGAUUGAUAACCGAAAACCAUUGUUUGUAGUUCACAUUGAUUCUUAUUCGAGCAUAUUUGCGCAAGAUGCUCAUGUGGAUCGUUUUUUUCGAAUCACAUCUUUGCUAGAAAGCCACAAUCAAAUGUCUAGUUUGUUACAUUCGGAUAAUUUGUAUGAAGAAUUUUGUCUAGCCAUCACUGGUCUACAGAAUUCGAAUAUUGAUUCGCUGGUGAAAUUUGUUCACAUCAUAUUGAAUCGAUUAAUAAUGCUCAUGGUUAGACCGCCAUCAUCUUUGUUCACCAUCAAUGAAUUCAAGAACAAAGUUUCCAAACAAUUCAAAUCAUUAGUAUUCGAAACAUUGGUUUCAAUCGUGGCCAAAAUAAACUCGAAACUUUAUGCCGGUGAUUAUCACCUCAUGCGAUCCGGUAUUGUGGCCACAUUCAUUCACUAUCAAGCAAUUUUCCCACAACCAGAAACAAACAACCACCAUCAUCAUCAUCAUCAUCAUCAUCCCGGUGAUUCGCAUGAGAAAAACCAGGAAGAAAUAUCAAAAUCAACGUUCCACGAGGAGAUUGUCAUGCAAUGGCUGUCUAAAGAACAUUCGAACGAAUCGACCAUGGAAAAUCUGUACAAAUAUUCGUUUUUGUUUUUUGAUUUGAUUUUCAAAAGCUUGUGCAUCACCGUUUCGUUGACAUCAAACUCGAAAAUUGUACCUCGUUUACCGGUUGAUCGAUAUCUGAAGAAUAACCUAAACAGAUUGGUUCAUAGAAUUGGUGAUUAUAUGGUUCAACAAAUUCGAGCCAAACAUAGACAUCAUCAUUAUCAGCAGCAAUCGGUGACAACAAUGGUGCAUUCACCUUUGAAUCAAUCAUUUUCGGCCAGUGUUCUUAAUGGUUCGUUAGCAUUUUUCAUCCGUGAUCUUCUUUCAAUCGUCGAUCGACAUUAUGUGUUUAGUGUGAUUAAAAUUUAUCUGACUAAAAUUAGUAACGCUUCAACAGUGUCCGUCUUUCCCACGUCAUCAUCGAUCAGUAACAAAGAAAUGGACUCGAAUGACAAGAAUCGACAGGCGAAAAUUAAUGACGAAUUGUUUGAAAUGAAAGUAUCAUUCCUGCGAAUCAUCUGUGGUCACGAACAUUUUGUCGCUCUUAAUCUUGCAUUCGGAACGCCGUUGUUUGCUGCGUUGGAACAAAGUUCCAAUGUCAACAAUUGUAAUGCCAAAUUUUCACCAUCCUUUUCGUUGACCAAAGAAAUGUUGGACAGUAACAUUUUUUCAAAUUUAAUAUUUGAUCGUAUUCGACCCUAUUCCGAAUUGACUGAUGAUUACCGACGACAACAUUGGCUCAUUGGUCUAGUGUUCUGUGUCCUACUAGAGUCAUUCACUAUGCCCAAAGACUGGCUCCAGAAUCGUGCUGCCGAUCUGAUACAAUCCAUACUAAAUGCAUUCGAUUGGGAUCAUCGUUUCAAGGAUGUCAACAUCAGACAUCGAGCGGCUUGUCUAUUUUUACCUCUGAUUGGCAUCAUGAUCGAUGUUAUUGAUCACUUACACGACACGAAAGAUAAUUGUUUCUAUUCGGCUUGCGAAAGUCGUAAACGAAAAAUAGCCAAUUCAUCCAAAACACAACUACGUCACGAUCAAUUGGACAGCUAUGGAUCAUUGUUCAUUGAGAAUUCAAUCGCCAUGGCCAUUGGAUCAUCAUCUUCAUCCACACAGAACAACAGUUGUUCCAGUGGCCACAAGUUAUUAUCGCCUAGCAAUUAUCGGCAAACACUUUCAUAUCAGCCAAUCAACAAAGAAGCCACUGAGACAUUGUUGUCAUGUCUGAUGUGGACCAUCGGCAAUGUCGAUCAUGGUUUGUUCAUUCAAUAUCUGAAUGAAUUUUCCAAUGAACGUUUGUUGGCAUUUCUGGAAUUGCUUCGAAUAGCCAUGAGAGUUUUCGAAUAUCAAGGUGCCAAACAUAUACGAAAACAUUCAUUCCAGAAAUUGGACGACGCUGUUCGAAAUGGACCAGCUCGCAAAGAAUUGAUUCGUCGUCGAGAUUACUCGCAAAGUUUUGCACCAGCCGACCACAGUACAAAUAAUGGUGGGGAUUUGAAAUUGCGCUGGAAACGUGGAUCGACCAUAACUCGAUAUCAUCAUUCCAUUUAUGAUGAUGAUUCGACCAAUGAAAUGGUCAACUACGAAGAGGAAAUUAUCCUUGAAGGCCAUCUAUGCACGAUGAUCAAUCUGAUAGUGCUCGAUUCAAUCACAUUGAUUGUGAACAUUUUCCGACAACGUAUCAAAUGCAACUCUAGUUUCAUCGCCAAUCCAUCAUCAUCAUCAUCAUCAUCAUCGACAACAACAUCAUCAUCGUCGACAAGUUUAUGUUUGAAAAACAAAUACGGUAAUGAUGAAUUUGUCGUGGCAAGUGCAUUACAUGCAUUGCUUCAGUUGUUUUCGUUGAAACAAAGUAGCCGAGUGUUGGAAGCCGCUUUCGAUUCACAACGGGCUAUCCUGCAUCAUUUUCCCGAAUUACUUUUUAUCGAUGGUUUGCCAGAUGUAGAGUUUUGUUCGGAACUAUGUUACCUGCUGCUGAAACAUUGUGCAUCACAAACACUGGCCAUUCGAGCAAAUGCAUCGGCAUCGAUUUAUCUACUGUUGCGGCAAUAUUAUCAAUCUAGUGGCCAUUAUUCGCGUAUCAAAAUCCAGAUAACAAUGUCAUUGAGUCAACUGGUUGGAACUAGUCUCACUUUCAAUGAAAUCAACAUCCGUAAUGCGUUGAACAACAUUCUGUUGUAUGCCUUGAAUGAUGACAGUGUACGGGAAACACAAUUUCCGAAUCAGGUACGAGAAUUGGUAUACAAUCUGAUCAUGAUACUGUCGGACACGAUGCAGAUGAAAGAAUAUGAAAAGGAUUCAUUAAUGUUGCUUGACCUGAUGUAUCGAGUGGCCAAAGGUUAUCAGAACUCACCUGAACUACGAAUCACUUGGCUGGAGAAUAUGGCCAAAAAACAUUUGGAAUUAUCGCAAAAAGUUGAAGCUGCACAAUGUCUUGUUCAUGCAGCGGCACUUGUGUCCGAGUGUUUGCAUAAAAUGUCACGUAAAAGUUAUCUGCCCGUUUCCUGUGCUGCAUUUCAACGCGUGUGUCCCAAUGUCUUUGAAGAAAGUCUGCACUCAAAUUCGGACAUAAAUAUCGAUAAAGUGAGUUUUAUUGGUUUCAAAGAGGAUUUUGAAGCAAAAAAAGGCGUACAGUCACUGAAUGCAGCAUUGAAUGAAUCCGGUCUGAUUGCAUUGCUGGAACGUGCGGCCGAACAUUUCGAUGUCAGCGGAAUGUAUGAAGCUGUGAAUGAAAUUUACAAAUUGUUAUUGCCCAUCCAUGAGACUCAUUACAAUUACAAGGAAUUGUCCCGCAUACAUGACCGGCUGCACAAGGUUUUCAUCAAGAUUGAACAACAAGAAGGAAAGAGAGUGUUUGCCACCUAUUUUCGUGUCGGCUUCUAUGGGAAACUUUUCAACGAUCUCAAUCAAAAGGAAUUUAUAUACAAAGAACCUUUUCUCACCAAAUUGCCAGAAAUUGCCAAUCGCCUUGAAACAUUUUAUGGCAAAUGUUUCGGGUCCAAAAACGUCGAAGUGAUCAAGGAUUCAAACAAUGUGGACAUGUCCAAAUUGGAUGCUAACAAAGCGUACAUUCAGAUAACCUAUGUGGAACCGUAUUUUGAUUCGUGGGAAUUGGAAUCACGUAAAACUUGUUACGAACGAAACUACAACAUCAAACGAUUCAUUUAUUCCACUCCAUUCACGAUGGAUGGUCGAGCACAUGGACAGCUUUAUGAACAAUAUAAACGCAAGACCAUUCUUUCGGUGGAACAUGCGUUUCCAUAUGUAAAGACCAGGAUAGUGGUCAAAAAUCGACAUCAACAUUCAUUGCUGCCGAUCGAGGUGGCCAUUGAAGAUUUCAAAAAGACCACUGAAUUGGCCCAUGCAGCCAAUCAAGAACCGGUGGAUGCUAAAAUAUUACAAAUGGUACUGCAGGGUUGUGUGGGCACCACCGUCAAUCAAGGUCCGGCCGAAAUUGCCUUUGUAUUCCUGAGUGAUGAGCCGAAUAUACCGGCUGGUUAUCAACGACCAACUUUGCCAUUGAAAGAUAGUCUGCGAGUGGCAUUCAAAGAUUUUUGUGCCAGAUGCGGUGAGGCUUUGACCAAAAAUCGUCAACUCAUCAAUGGACAACAAGAACAACAAAUUGAAUAUCACAAAGAAUUGGAACGAAAUUUCUGUCGACUAACCGAAAAAUUGGCUCCACUAAUGGGUCUUGCAAAUGCGAAACACUCGCAAGCGCUUCUACAGGAUACCUAUUUUCGUCCCGGAUUUACCAGGAGUACUACUACUACUACUAAUAAUAAUAAUAAUAGCAGUCCAACAAUCAAAGGUAUGAAUGGUUUCGGGCGACAAUCUCGUAUCUGAUCUCAAUUUUUUGAACAAAAUUUUUGUAUCGCCCAAUUUUUGCAAUUUAUUUUUUGUAUUUAUUGAUCUAGUCAAAUUUUUUUAAAAAUUAUUU